CUUUUCACGGCGUUUAAUUUUAAGCAACGUCCGCUCAUAAUAGAAUUUUUUUAGCUUGAAGUAUUUCAUUCUCGUUUUUAUUGGAUAUCUAUAAGCAAAAUGGUUGUGCGACCUUAUAAUGAAGAAUUAAAAUAUCUUGAGAAGAUCAGCGACUGCUGCUGGCGAAUAAAAAAGGAAUUUCAGCCGAAUAUGAAAGUAGAAGGCUGCUUCUAUGUAAACAGCCGGCUAGAACGGCUCAUGUUAGAAGAGCUAAAAAAUUCAUGUAGACCUGGGGCCGUUGGCGGCUUUCUGCCGGGUGUAAAGCAAAUAGCAAAUGUCGCAGCGUUGCCGGGUAUUGUAGGGCGUUCCAUCGGACUCCCGGAUAUUCAUUCUGGUUAUGGAUUUGCUAUCGGAAAUAUGGCUGCAUUCGACAUGAACGAUCCUACAUCAAUUGUAAGUCCGGGAGGAGUCGGCUUUGAUAUUAACUGCGGUGUACGAUUACUGCGGACAAAUCUUUUCGAAAAAGAUGUUCAACCAGUUAAAGAACAAUUAGCGCAAUCUCUUUUCGAUCAUAUUCCUGUUGGUGUUGGUUCUAAGGGCAUUAUUCCCAUGAAUGCCCAUGAUAUGGAGGAGGCUCUAGAAAUGGGGAUGGAUUGGUCUCUCCGUGAAGGAUAUGUUUGGGCAGAAGAUAAAGAGCAUUGUGAAGAAUAUGGGCGAAUGCUAAAUGCAGAUCCAUCCAAGGUUAGUUUACGUGCAAAAAAACGUGGACUACCUCAAUUGGGAACGUUAGGUGCUGGCAACCAUUAUGCAGAGAUUCAAAUUGUUGACGAAAUAUAUGAUAAAUGGAGUGCUAGUAAAAUGGGUAUUGAGGAAAAAGGUCAGGUAUGCGUUAUGAUACACUCGGGUAGUAGAGGAUUUGGUCAUCAAGUAGCAACAGACGCCUUGGUUCAGAUGGAAAAAGCAAUGAAACGUGACCAGAUUGAGACAAAUGAUCGGCAAUUAGCAUGUGCUCGAAUAAAUUCACAGGAGGGCCAAGAUUAUUUGAAAGCGAUGGCAGCAGCGGCAAAUUUUGCUUGGGUUAAUCGCAGUUCAAUGACUUUCCUCACUCGACAGGCUUUCGCAAAAAUGUUCCAUACAACUCCAGACGACCUUGAUAUGCACGUAAUUUACGAUGUUUCUCAUAAUAUUGCAAAAGUGGAGAAUCAUAUCGUCGAUGGAAAAGAGAAGCAAUUACUCGUUCAUAGGAAGGGAUCCACACGGGCUUUCCCACCACAUCAUCCACUUAUUCCGGUGGACUAUCAACUCACCGGCCAACCCGUAUUAGUGGGCGGUACAAUGGGCACUUGCAGCUACGUGCUAACAGGUACCGAGAGAGGAAUGCAUGAAACAUUUGGAUCUACUUGCCAUGGUGCGGGGCGUGCAUUGUCACGUGCUAAAUCCCGACGGAAUCUAGACUAUAAAGAUGUACUUGAAAAGUUAGAAGAAAUGGGAAUCGCUAUACGUGUAGCUUCUCCCAAGCUUGUUAUGGAAGAGGCUCCAGAAUCCUAUAAAGAUGUGACUGAUGUCGUUGAUACAUGUCAUAUUGCUGGCAUAAGCAAAAAAUGUAUAAAAUUACGUCCAAUUGCGGUCAUUAAAGGUUAGAUGGAAAGGUUAAUGGUAUAAGGUAUAUUUAUUUGAUAAUGAAGAAAUUUCGUACAAAAAGCUUUACAAAUUCCUUCAAAACACUUAAAAUGAUAUUUUGCAGUAAAUAUAAACAGAGUUUA